AUUACCCGGCCCUAUUUAUUAAGAUAUAAUAGAGGGAAGGCCUUUAAUAAAAAUAGCAAUAUUAGUAAGGCUAUACAAAACCUUAUAAUAACGCACCGCGAUAGCCGGACGUUCUUAAAACACUAUUUUUUGCGACGCAUUACGGUAGAUAUAUAA